AUGCCAAAACAGACAAACCUUCACCUCUCUUCUUCGAACAAGAUAAAACACCUGUUUAAUGUACGGCACAGCUGAUUACUUGAAUUCUAAUUCUAUUAUAAAUUAUUCUCGAUAUUGGAUGUUUGAUGAAAAUAGAAUCUUUCAAGAAAGAAAAUAUUUCAUUUCAACUGAUUAGAUAUUAUUCAUAUUAAUUUGCAUGCGUUUUUGUAGAUAGUAUGAUUAUUUACUUCAACAAGUUUUCAACAGUUGGCAAACUGCUUUCAAUAUCAUUCCGUUUCCUUUCAACGUAGGUCUUCUGGAGCCUACAAUUCUGUGGUCUAGUAUCGGACUUUAGAAAUUUUAUUCUAAAACUAGUUAAUAGCGGAAUUCAAAAUGAAGCUCAACAAACUUGUUACUUCUUCGCGCAGGAAAAACCGCAAGAGGCAUUUUACCGCACCGUCUCACAUUAGACGGCGUUUAAUGUCUGCUCCUCUUUCUAAAGAAUUACGUCAGAAGUACAACGUAAGAACAAUGCCGAUUAGGAAGGAUGAUGAAGUUCAGGUUGUCAGGGGUCAUUACAAAGGCCAGCAAGUUGGAAAAAUUGUCCAAGUGUACAGGAAAAAGUUCGUAAUCUAUAUCGAGAGGAUCCAACGUGAAAAGGCCAACGGUGCCAGCGUAUAUGUUGGAAUUCACCCUUCAAAGACUGUCAUCGUCAAACUGAAAAUGGACAGAGACAGGAAGAAGAUCAUCGAGAGGAGAGCAAAGGGUCGUGCGGCCGCCCUAGGAAAGGACAAGGGCAAAUACACAGAAGACACUACCACAGCGAUGGAAACGUCGUAAAAAAUGAGUCUCGAUUAUUAAACUAACUUAAUCCAGUUGCAAGAUAUCUUAACCCUUUCAGUCAUGGUGGCUAAUAUAUUGGACGAUGCUUUGAAGAGAGAUUAAAAGACACUGGAUAUAACUAUACUAUUCAGACCAACUGUACAGUAUAGGAUACGAUGUUUUAUAAUGCUCUGAUCAGUGCUGGCAUCUGUAGGUGGAACUGAGAAGCAGUUAUGCCUGAUUCAGAAUCACUAUGUAUGUAUCCUCGCUAACCUCACCGACUUACAACUCUUUUAUGAAUAAUAAAACUCUCACAUGGCUAAUAAAA